AAUCAAACAUCUGUUAUCUCAGGCAUUCCUCAAGAAAAACUGUUCUGACAUGCUGCGUGACCAAAACAGUCAUAUCUCAAAUCUUUGGAGUUUUAUAGCGCUCCUUGUUGGACUUGACUCAGAUGGUUGGAAAUGAGUCAUGUGAAGCUUUCUGAGGAGCCCAGAGAGAGACACUUUUACUUGCUCUGAAGACAUUAAGGACAGCGAGUGACGGACCUGAGAGCAGCCAGAGAAGAGGUUUCAUCUGACCACCGACGGCUUGUUUAGGCUCCUCAGGGACAAGAGGCAGCAUGCAUUGGAACGUGGCCCUCCGGAGCGCCGGGCUCUGGGUCAUUCUGAGUUUAGCUGCCGGUCACCUGACCGAGCAGGAGAAAUCAACUAUUGUGGACAUGCACAAUGAGCUUCGCUCUAAGGUUUAUCCCAGCGCUGCCAGCAUGCAGAAAGUGGUGUGGGACGAGACACUGCGUCUGGUGGCAGAAGCACAUGCGGCAAAAUGCAUCUUGGAGAGCAACCCUCAACGAGAGAAAUGCAGAAUGGGUGAAAAUAUCUUUACAGACGCUAAUCCAUUUAAUGCAACCAAAGCAAUGCAGGUUUGGUUUGGAGAGGGUGAGGAUUAUGAAUUUGAAACCAAUAAUUGUCAUGAAGACAAAAUUUGUAACCAUUACAUUCAGGCGGUCUGGGCAGGCAGCAAUAAAAUUGGCUGUGCUGCGUAUUUCUGUGACAAAAUUGAGAAUCUGAAUUCUGAGAAGGCCACUCUUUUCGUGUGUAAUUACUACCCUGUCUCUUCAGAAGAUUUUAAGAAUAAAAAACCAUACGAGUCUGGAGUGCCAUGCUCAGGGUGUCCAGAAACUCUACCAGUGUGUGAGGACAACAUGUGCGUGGCAAAGGACAACAAAGAUCUGACUGUGUUACCUGAGUGUCCACGAAUGACGACGGAGCCCGCUGUUGUUCCCACAGAGCCCACACAAGUGCACGUUAUUAUUGAGACCGGCAAGGAAAGUGAACCAGACCAUGGAUCCAAGAUGGACAGCGUCUCGGCUCCUCUGGUGAUGCUUGUCUGGCUGCUGGCGGCUCUUGUUUUGUGAGGGUUUGGAGUGAAUGAGAUCCGUCAUAAUCUGAUGGGACACAAACAAAACAUUUCUUUAAAGGGGUCAUCAGAUGCCACUUUUCCACAAGUUGAUAUGAUUGUUUAGGGUCUUAAUGAAAAGCCUGUAACAUAGUUUGGUUAAUUUUUAUUUAU